AUGUCAAACGGUCCACCCCAGUCCAUGCCGAUUCACACGGAACACCAAAACAGGGUUGAUGGGAGCUCCGACCCCGUCGCCUCAGAUGCAAACCUACACAAUGCAGAUUACCACAACGACAUCUCCUUCCCUUACCUCGUCUCGAACCCUCAGAUUCAAUUCCGAACAAACACAAUAGCCCCCUCGCCGCCCUUGUCCGAAUCCUCCUUUCAACACCUGGAACCUCAAUCCAACCAAACUCCCGGCCCGAGUCCCCUCUCAACAAACAGCAACAACAACAGCACCAAUUGCCUUCGAAUUCAGACGUCUGACUUGCACCCAAGUCACUCGACACGCUCCGACACUCACGCCAACGCCGCAUAUACAACUCCUCGCCGCCCCAGUGCCGGUCUUACCCACAAGACUUCCUCGUCCAGUUUGAAGCCCGUAUCGAGAACCCCCAGCUUCAAGGCCGCAAUCCACAGCCACAGCCUCGGCCCCGGCUCGUCUACAAGCUCCUGCUUGCCCAGCCCGAUUCUAUCGGCUAUGAGCGACGUCACACCGUUGCCCUCGCCGUUAUUAUCUGGAGACUCACCGGGCCCUUGGAGACGUCUUGGUGUGCGACCACCGUCUCGAGACCAGAUGCACAACCCUACCCCAGACUCCGUGCUGGUCUCGUCCACGGGCGAAUCAAUAGCCGCAGCCCUCGCCAACGCCUCAAAACGCAAAGUUUACGCCGGACUCGUCGCAGAGGGCGAGGCCACCGCCGCCAAGGGUCCCCUCGUCGGAGGCAAGCAGCAGCAUGCGCGAGACCGCAGCAUCAGCGAAUAUAAACCCGACCCCAAUUAUAUCCCUAAGCGCCAUAUUACCGUCUCCGGCUCCCACAUCAAGUCAGAUGCGCAGGAAUCCGCUGCCGAACCGCAUAUGCGUCGCGAGUUGAACCUCGCCGAGUCGAGAGGUUUGACCCCCGCGAUCGCCCAGCCGCCUACCCCGCCGCCCAGCGAAUCUUCCAAGGACUCGAGCGACUCCACCAGCAAACCGAAAGCGGGCCUGCCCGAAUAUUUCGAAGCCUUUGACCGCCGCGACCACAAGAGGAGGAGAUGGAGGGCAGUGAGGACCCUCGGCCAGGGAACCUUCAGCCGCGUCAUGCUGGCUACGAGCCACAUCGACGACGACGAUGAGGCGUUACACGUCGACAGCCUCACGCCGAUUUCGGAAAUCUCAUCACCGAUCAGAAAGACGCUGGUCGCUGUCAAGGUUUGCGAGCAUGGCCCGAGAGGUGGAGCAAGUGAGGACCGCAUCGAAAUGUCACUCAAACGCGAAUUAGAAAUCAUGCAGAGCAUUAGCCAUCCUUCGCUGGUCCACCUGAAGGCAUGGAACAUCGAGCCCAGCCGCGCCAUUUUGGUCCUCAGCCAUUGCCCCGGAGGCGACCUAUUCGACGUUGCCACGGCACACCGGGAAGUCCUCAAGCCUACGCUUCUGAGGAGGAUGUUCGCCGAGCUGGUGGGCGCCGUGACAUACCUGCAUGAGCGCAGGAUCGUCCACAGGGAUAUCAAGCUCGAGAAUGUGCUCGUCAACCUGACCGCACCCGAGCUCGCUGAUCCCUCGACGGACUGGACGACGUACCCGCACUCGGUCAUCACUCUGACCGAUCUGGGUCUUUCCCGGCGUAUUGCCGACGAUGAGAAGCUCGAGACCCGUUGCGGGUCGGAGGAUUACGCCGCGCCGGAGGUCAUCAUGGGCCUACCCUACGACGGCCGUGCGACGGACGCAUGGUCUCUGGGCGUCCUGCUCUACGCGCUCCUCGAGGCCCGUCUGCCGUUCGACCCGUACCCCAACACGAUGGAUGGCCACCGCAUGCGCAGCCGCACGAGCCACCGCAUCGCCCGCGCGGAGUGGCGCUGGAUCGAGUACGCCGGAGAUGACGGCGACCACGAGGGCGACGAGGCCAAGUUCAAGGAGCGCGGCCUACUGGGCGCCAUGGAAAUCACCGAAGGCCUGCUACAGCGUGCGAGAAGCCGAUGGACGCUGGAGAAGGUGGCCGAGCAUGAGUGGGUCAAAAACGCUAUCCAGGUUGAAGGCGGCCUGCGCUUCCGCGAAGAAGUGGAAGGCGCAGAGGUAUGA